GACGCCAUCGAGACGCGCAGAGGAUGGCUAGAGCGUUGCUCGCCGAGGGACUUCCUCUUCAUUAACUCUUCCUUCCCAACAUGGCGCAGUCUAUUAACAUCACGGAGCUGAAUCUGCCGCAGCUAGAAAUGCUCAAGAACCAGCUGGACCAGGAAGUGGAGUUCUUGUCCACGUCCAUUGCCCAGCUCAAAGUGGUACAGACCAAGUAUGUGGAAGCCAAGGACUGUCUGAACGUGCUGAACAAGAGCAACGAGGGGAAAGAAUUACUCGUCCCACUGACGAGUUCUAUGUAUGUCCCUGGGAAGCUGCAUGAUGUGGAACACGUGCUCAUCGAUGUGGGAACUGGGUACUAUGUAGAGAAGACAGCUGAGGAUGCCAAGGACUUCUUCAAGAGGAAGAUAGACUUUCUAACCAAGCAGAUGGAGAAAAUCCAACCAGCUCUUCAGGAGAAGCAUGCCAUGAAACAGGCCGUCAUGGAAAUGAUGAGUCAGAAGAUUCAGCAGCUCACAGCCCUGGGAGCAGCUCAGGCUACUGCUAAGGCCUGAGAGUUUUUGCAGAAAUGGGGCAGAGGGACACCCUUUGAACGUGGCUUCCUGGUGCUGGGAAGGGUCUUGUGUUUUAAUGCCAAUAAAUGUGCCAGCUGGGCAGAA